UGAACCAACCCUCUUCCAACAAGAACAACAACAACAACAAAAAAAAAUAAAAAGAAAGAGAGAGAGAAACCAAAAAAUAAAAAAUAAAAAAUAAAAAAUAAAGAAAAUGUCCACCCUAACCCCCCAAGAAACCACCCUCGUUGAAACCGCCACAAAAACAAUAACCAGCAUCAAACCCUCCAACACGCACAGUGUCGCCAGUGCCAUCCUCGCCUCUGACGGCCGGAUCUUCUCCGCCGUAAACGUCCACCAUUUUACCGGUGGCCCUUGUGCCGAACUCGCUGCCUUGGGGAGUGCUGCCGCUGCUGGGGCGGAGAAUCUCACACAUAUUGUGGCUGUUGAGGAUACCCGACAGAUUUUGAAUCCAUGUGGACGGUGUCGACAGGUUUUAUUCGAUUUGUGGCCUGGGAUUAGGGUUAUUGUUUUGAGUGAGGAGGGGCCUAGGGUUGUUGGUAUUGGGGAGUUGUUGCCUUUCGCUUAUUCUUGGCCUGGGGAGGAGUAGCCUUUUAUUAUAGUAUUUAUUUUUAUCAUUUUGUCCCUUUUGGGAGGGGGUUGAGGGGUGAAUUGGAGUGAGUAUAUUAGAUGGUUUUGUUGAAAAUGGUUCUAUAUCUGUUAGAGCGACGCUUGACAAGUGGAAGAGAGUUAUUUUGAAUGCCUGUCUAUUAUUAU